UUGUAAAAAAGGAACAGUGUGUGAUAUGGGCGAGGCAUCUUGUGUUGUGUUGGAGUCCUAUUUCAGCUGUCUGAUCGUCCAUAUAGUGUUGAUAGUGUGUAAAUUGUGCAACAAUGUUUUCUAUUAGUUGAAGUUGUGUGUAUUUUUGCUCACACAGCCUGGUUGUUCCUGCUAGCCUACCCUGACAAACAAGCUAGCCGGGGUCAUUUCAGGUGAAAGUACAGCCGAGUCCAGCUCCCUCAAAGCCGGCUGAGGUCGACUCCGGCUGCCGUGGAGGAGGAAUGGACACACAGGGGCACCACCGCUGACAGCCGGACAUCAUCGACACAUAAGCGCCUGGUUGUUCCUGCUAGCCUACCCUGACAAACAAGCUAGCCGGGGUCAUUUCAGGUGAAAGUACAGCCGAGUCCAGCUCCCUCAAAGCCGGCUGAGGUCGACUCCGGCUGCCGUGGAGGAGGAAUGGACACACAGGGGCACCACCGCUGACAGCCGGACAUCAUCGACACAUAAGCGCCAGGUUGGUGCCUGGGUUGCCUUUAAGAUGACGUCUCGUCCUUGAAUCCCCAUCAGUAUGUCAGACUCAGCUGAAAAUUACUCUCCCCGCUGGACAGAUGAGGCUCUUCAAAAUGGGUACAUACCGAGUUACCUGGACAAAGACGAGCUGUGUGUAGUCUGUGGGGACAAAGCCACAGGCUAUCAUUAUCGCUGUAUUACCUGCGAAGGCUGUAAGGGAUUCUUUAGGCGUACGAUACAGAAAAACCUCAACCCAACCUACGCUUGUAAGUACGAGGGAAAAUGUGCCAUCGACAAAGUGACCAGAAACCAGUGCCAGGAGUGUCGCUUCAAGAAGUGCUUAUCGGUCGGAAUGGCUACGGACUUGGUGUUGGAUGAGGGCAAGAGGCUUGCCAAGCGCAAGCUGAUUGAGGAAAACCGUGAGCGGCGUCGCAAGGAAGAACUACAGAAAACGGCGUGGGAUCGAAUGGAUCCUACUCAGGAAGAGUGGGACUUGAUCCACAUGGUUACCGAGGCCCACAUGGCCACAAAUGCACAAGGAAACCACUGGAAGCAGAAGCGGAAAUUCUUGGUCGAGGAAACAAUGCUUCUUAAUGAAAUAACAUGUAAUUUAUUCUAUACUUCUGACCAGAGUGCAGCAGGGGUGAAGGAAACUAAGCCUACCAAUAUUGGUCAUUCAUCAACGGUGAAUAACUCUGAAGGAAAUAAAGUGGACUUAGAGGCUUUCAGCCAGUUUACUAAGAUUAUCACCCCUGCCAUAACCCGAGUGGUGGACUUUGCCAAAAAACUACCCAUGUUUUGUGAGCUGCCAUGUGAAGACCAGAUCAUCCUUCUGAAAGGCUGCUGCAUGGAGAUCAUGUCACUGCGAGCUGCUGUUCGCUACGAUCCAGAGAGUGAGACCCUCACGUUGAACGGAGAGAUGGCUGUCACGCGAGGUCAGCUUAAGAACGGAGGUCUGGGCGUCGUUUCGGACGCGAUUUUUGACCUUGGCGUGUCCCUCUCUUCUUUCGACUUGGAUGAUUCCGAGGUGGCUCUUCUACAAGCCGUCAUUCUGCUUUCGUCUGACCGACCGGGCUUGGGUAACGUGCAGCAAAUUGAGCGCUGCCAGGAGGAGUUCCUGCUGGCGUUCGAACACUAUAUCAACCACCGCAAACACAAAGUCGCUUAUUUCUGGCCCAAGCUGCUCAUGAAGGUGACGGACCUUCGAAUGAUCGGCGCCUGCCAUGCCAGCCGAUUCCUUCACAUGAAGGUUGAGUGUCCCAACGAGUUGUUCCCGCCUCUCUUCCUGGAGGUUUUUGAGGACUGAACAGUCCAUUCAAUGACAUUAAUGUAUGUGUGUGUGUGUGUGUGUGUGUGUGUGUGUCACCACGUGGACACCCUUAGCUCUUUCAAAUACAGGUCGAUCACCUUUGAAUAAGCACAAAUGAAUGUCACCACAUUCCAUAGCUUUGUCGUUGUCAUGUUGUUGUCAUGGGGUCUUAACACUGAAAUCUGACCAGAAUUUACUAUUCGUACAUGUGGCGAAAAUGCGUAAUACUUUUCUUUUUAGUCAGCAUUUGGUAAAUGCUUGUACGGUAACUGCUUAGUCAAUAAAGAUACAUCCAAGUAGUGUCAGCGAACAAGCUAAACGUCACUUAUUAGAUAAAAACACGAUUAAAAGCACAGACAAGAAGUGACGUUAGCCGCAUUUCAACACUUUGCACUCCCAUAUCAUCACUCUACCACUAAACACGUCUUAUCUACCGUAUUUUUCGGAGUAUAAGUCGCUCCAGAGUAUAAGUCGCACCUGCCGAAAAUGCAUAAUAAAGAAGGAAAAAAACAUAUAUAAGUCGCACUGGAGUAUAAGUCCCAUUUUUGGGGGGAAAUUUAUUUGAUAAAACCCAACAUCAAGAAUAGACAUUUGAAAGGCAAUUUAAAAUACUUAAUGAAUAGUGAACAACAGGCUGAAUAAGUGUACGUUAUAUGACGCAUAAAUAACAACUGAGAAGGUACCUGGUAAGUUAACAUAACAUAUUAUGGUAAGAGUCAUUCAAAUAACUAUAACAUAUAGAACAUGCUAUACGUUUACCAAACAAUCUGUCGCUUUUAAUAGCUAAAUCCCGUGAAAUCUUAUACGUCUAGUCUCUUACGUGAAUGAGCUAAAUAAUGUUAUUUGACAUUUUAUGGUAAUGUGUUAAUAAUUUCACACAUAAGUCGCUCCUGAGUAUAAGUCGCACCCCCGGCCAAACUAUGAAAAAAAACUGCGACUUAUAGUCUGAAAAAUACGGUCGUAAAUAUAUUGUUGCAUGCACAUCAACGUUUUUACUUCCACACAAGUACACUCAAAUAUAUAUAUUUUUAUUGCAAGCUCAGCAUUAAAUGGUUCAGUCAGUGACAAAACAUUGAACAAUCAAUGAAUCAAGUCACGUACAAUUCGUUUGAAAAACUGACUUUUUACAGCGUCGAAAUGUACUAGUACUGUACCUCGGUUUUUCUUAGUACACCCGGCCUUCGUUUAUCACGGUUAUUCGGUAAGCUACCGUAAAAUGAUCUGACAAAUUUUCGCGAAGUAAAAUCAUUAUUAAUGAACCAAUAUCAAUGGCUGUCUGUUUAUCUGUGUUGGCCCUGCGAUGAUGUGGCAACUUGUCCAAGGUGUACCCUGCUUUUCGAAUGAAUGCAACUGGGAUAGACUCCACCCACCCACGGGAAGAGGAUAGAAAAUGGAUGGAUGGAUAUUUUCAUAGAGCGUCUAAAUAUGUUUUUUUUAUUAUUAUUAGAGCCCUCUAAACAGUCCUUUCACCCAAUACAGUGGCUUUGAGUUCUAUGUCCGUAGUUAAGUUAAAGUACCAAUGAUUGUCACACCGACACUAAUUUGUCCUCUGCCUUUGACCCAUCACCCUUGUUCACCCCCUGGGAGGUGAGGGGAGCAGUGGGCAGCAGCGGUGGACGCGCCCGGGAAUCAUUUUUGGUGAUUUAACCCCAAUUCCAACCCUUGAUGCUGAGUGCCAAGCAGGGAGGUAAUGGGUACCAUUUUUAUAGUCUUUGGUAUGACUUCAUGGGGUUUGAAGUCAAGACCUACCGAUCUCAGGACGGACACUCUAACCACUAGGCCACUGAGAAGUUCAGACGCUUGGAGGAUCCUCCAAGCUGUCACCCGGCCACUACAACAGGGCCACGACAUAGAAAUGCUUCAUCACAUCCUGGGUAAUUCCUCAAUGUUGUUACUGGGGCUUCCAUAUGCAUAAAUUGUUCUGCAAGAUUGGUCGACUCCACUGUAGCUGGGAUGUUAGCAUUCGGUGUUGUUAGCAUUACACAUCGCUCAAAGCUGUGUUCUUGAUGUGGAAGGUGAAGUGCAUCAGAAGAGUUUAUCUCCUCUUUGGCCAGACAGCUGCUGGCAAUUGGUAGUUUAUAUAGUGGGGCUUGACAAUUGAUUGAAUUUGUCGUCUUCCGCCCGAAUGCAGCUGAGAUAGGCUCCAGCACCCCCAUGCUCCCCCAAAAGGGACAAGCGGUAGAAAAUGGAUGGAUUUUGAUUAUGGCUUCCCACGAUCAUAAAAUAUUAUAUUCGGGGAAAGGAAAACGAUAAAUAGGCCGCGCGACGUGCAUGCAGAUUUUUGAUCUUCUGAAGAUUAAACCAAUGAGUGAAAGAAGAGCACGUCUGAAUUAAACAUGAAGUGAAUUAUAUAUUUAUAUAGCGCUUUUCUCUAGUGACUCAAAGCGCAUUACAUAGUGAAACCCAAUAUCUAAGUUACGUUUAAACCAGUGUGGGUGGCCCUGGGAACAGGUGGGUAAAGUGUCUUGCCCAAGGACACAAUGGCAGUGACUAGGAUGGCGGAAGCGGGGAUCGUACCUGGAACCUUCAAGUUGCUGGCACGGCCACUUUACCAACCGAGCUAUACCGCAAAGUUUGGGAUGUUACCAUGGUUACUACUUUUAUUUGACACAGUGCUAGAAUUCCUAAUCAAUAAUCACAAAAUUCAACAAAAAAAUUAAGGCAUAAUAUUUCCGCGUUCAUGUGACCGCAGAAACAAAGAAUUGGCCAAUAACACCGAAUCUGCCUUUACAUGUAUGUUGUCAUUUGUGUUACAUUUAUGCUAGCAUUCAUGUUACAUGUAUGGUGUCAUUUAUGUUACAUGUAUGUUGUCAUUUAUGUUGCAUGUAUGGUGUCAUUUAUGUUACAUGUAUGUUGUCAUUUAUGUUGCAUGUAUGCUAGCAUUCAAGUUACAUGUAUGCUAGCAUUUUUGAUACAUUUAUGCUAGCAUUCAUGUUACAUGUAUGCUAACAUAUGUUACAUGUAUGCUAGCAUUUAUGUUACAGGUAUGCAAGCAUUUAUGUUACAUGUAUGCUAGCAUUUAUGUUACAUGUAUGCUAGCAUUUAUGUUACAUGUAUGCUAAUAUAUAUGUUACAUGUAUGCUAACAUAUUUGUUAUAUGUAUGCUAACAUAUUUGUUAUAUGUAUGCUAACAUAUGUUACAUGUAUGUUAACAUAUGUUACAUGUAUGCUAACAUAUAUGUUACAUGUAUGUUAACAUAUGUUACAUGUAUGCUAACAUUUUUGUAUGUAUGCUAACAUAUGUUACAUGUAUGCUAGCAUUUAUGUUACAUGUAUGCUAGAAUUUAUGUUACAUGUAUGCUAACAUAUGCUACAUGUAUGCUAGCAUUUAUGUUACAUGCAUGCUAGAAUUUAUGUUACAUGUAUGCUAACAUAUAUGUUACAUGUAUGCUAACAUAUAUGUUACAUGUAUGCUAACAUAUAUGUUACAUGUAUGCUAACAUAUAUGUUACAUGUAUGCUUACAUAUAUGUUACAUGUAUGCUAGAAUUUAUGUUACAUGUAUGCUAGCAUUUAUGUUACAUGUAUGCUAGCAUAUAUGUUACAUGUAUGCUUACAUAUGUUACAUGUAUGCUAGCAUUUAUGUUACAUGUAUGCUAGCAUUUAUGUUACAUGUAUGCUAACAUAUAUGUCACAUGUAUGCUAGCAUUUAUGUUACAUGUAUGCUAGCAUUUAUGUCACAUAUAUGCUAACAUAUAUGUGACAUGUAUGCUAGCAUAUAUGUUACAUGCAUGCUUACAUAUAUGUUGCAUGUAUGCUAGCAUGUAUGUUACAUGCAUGCUUACAUAUAUGUUACAUGUAUGCUAGCAUUAAUGUUACAUGUAUGCUAGCAUUUAUGUUACAUGUAUGCUAACAUAUAUGUUACAUUUAUGCUAGCAUAUAUGUUACAUCCAUGCUUACAUAUAUGUUACAUGUAUGCUAGCAUUUAUGUUACAUGUAUGCUAACAUAUAUGUUACAUGUAUGCUAGCAUUUAUGUUACUUGCAUGCUAGCAUUUAUGUUACAUGUAUGCUAGUAUAUAUGUUACAUGUAUGCUAAGAUAUAUGUUACAUGUAUGCUAGCAUUUAUGUUACAUGGAUGCUAGCAUUUAUGUUACAUGUAUGCUAACAUAUAUGUUACAUGUAUGCUAGCAUAUAUGGUACAUGUAUGCUAGCAUAUAUGUUACAUGUAUGCGAGCAUAUAUGGUACAUGUAUGCUAGCAUAUAUGUUACAUGCAUGCUUACAUAUAUGUUACAUGUAUGCUAGCAUUUAUGUUACAUGUAUGCUAGCCUUUAUGUUACAUGUAUGCUAGCAAGGCCACGCUCAUGGGCAUCAGCACAAAUAGACUUAAUUUACGACUUUGUUCACCUCAAAAAGGCUUAACACGCAGAUGAAUACAGUAAGUGCAGAUUUUGAGUUCUCUGGCGUCAGCCGAGAAGACGACCAAACUUGAAUAUCCAGAGAGGGAGUAAAUGUAAGAAUGUUUCCAUAGGUGAACCAGCGGAAGGGUAAUUAGCAUUGGAUUCUUUGUUUGGACACCUGAAUGUGAAACGAUUUAGUUUUUUAGACGCAACGUAUGACCGACCGUACAAUAAAGGGAACAAACUUGUAUUCCGUCAAAACCCUUCGGGAAGCAGGACUUGGGGGAAACCGAGGUACAGUACUUGUAUGUCAAACGAGACAGCAUCUCAUCUAUAAAUGUCUUUCAAAGAACUCAUUCCAAAAUGUUCAUCUUGUGCUGUCAAGUCAAUAUUCCACCUUUGUUUUACAUUUCAGGUGUUGGACAAAUGCAACUAUUAUUUUCUGCGGAAGGUUUUUUUGUGCCAAAACUAACAAGAGAUUUGCAACAUUUAAUUUUGUACUCAUGUCCUCGUCGUCAGUCUUCACUGUGACGUAUUUCUAGCACUUGAGGAUGGGUACCUUUAACACUUAUCUCUAUGUGUUAGUAAAUAUUCAUUUGUUUUCAUCAUGAAAUAUUUUUCUAUUUAUUAAUCAGUGAUAAUGAUAACCGUGCCGUCCAAUUGUUGCAUAUCUUUGUUUUCUUACAUGAAUGAGUCUCAUUUGCAAGUAUUAUAAAGUGGUCUUUUGCAUGCAGUUGCAAUUCCAAGACGUUCGAUGGCAGUAUUGCAUCGGCUUGCAUAGGGUAGUCCCGCUCGAUGUGCCAGACUCGUCUCUUGUUGAGCCCUGCAAAGUGUUUAUACUGUAAGUAUUGUACUUAUUACAUACCAGCUGUUUAAUUGUAACACGCAUCGCAGUUGUAGUUUUGAUGAGCAUGCAUAUAGCAUGCAUAUGGCGUAUCCAAUGACAAUUCGCAUCAAGUAGUUUGAAAGAGUGACGCCUUGCAUAUCAAUGCUGUCUCUUGCUUUAUUGCCUCGGAAAAUGACAUCAUUACCUAGAUUCCCCAACUGGACUUGACGUCACGUGCAAUAAAAGUAUGGUGUAGUAUAGUACCGCUUGAUUUUACGUGAAUUGGUGAUUUAUAGUAUCGACAUAAUUCAGUCAGUAAGUACAGAUUUUGGUACCCAUCCCUAAUUGCCGUGCAGAAAUAUUGACAGUCAACAAUUGGAUGCUUCUAGACCACAGACCACAGCUUUUUCCCCUUCUUCUUCAACGUAGAACAGUUUAGUUUUUCAUAUGCACAAUGUAUAACCUGUAAGUGUCUACCACAUGGUGGUCGGUGGCCCGCGUGGACUCGUCUCAGAAUGAGAUGGAAAAGGAACAAUCUUUGCUUUUAAGUGUUUUGUUGCUGAGCUGAAACAUUCGAGAUGAUGUCGGGGGAUGUGAAAGCAUGUUAUUUAUAACACAUGUUGUCUUUUGACGCUGCGUCUCGGCAGCGAGUUGUGAUUUAUUUUGUGCGAAAUCAUGUCUCUGUGCGAGCGGUAUAGACGUGUGUUGCAGUGUUUGACCGACUUGGACCUCAAAAAGUGGACACUUUCCAAUAAAUGCACAGACAAUCAAAGGUUUGGCAAAGAAAAAAACGAAACUGCUCAGUCUGGAAUGAAUUGA